AUGAACGUCGAUGCUCGACUGAACUCGCUCGAGCCACGCCUCUCGUGGUUCUACAUUCGAUUGCUAUUACUCACUGGUGUAAGUUGGGCAAUUAAAGCGGCAGAACUCGUAUUGCUUGAUUUUUCUCGCGUGCUUGUUGCCAACGACAUUGGCAUGCAAAAAUUUGAAAUUGAAAUCUUAGGUGCCAGUAUCUUCUUGGGAUCGAUGGCAGGAGGACCAAUUUUCGGCCACCUAGCGGACAAAUUUGGACGCCGGACAGCUCUGUUGGUUGCUCUUGUAUUUUCCUUGGGAGGACUCGCGGUGUCCGCUCAAGCAAAGGUCAUGUAUGUGCUGAUUAUUGGUCGCGUGAUUACUGGGAUUGGUCACAGCGGACAACUUUUGUCGACAGUUGUCUUGGUUCAAGAGUUGGCUCCUCGGCCAAUGCACGGUCGCGUGGUCUCGCUCCUUGAUGCUUUUACGGGUAUCGGUGGUUUGAUCGGUUUGGUCCUCGCGUAUGCUGUAGCGCCUUGGCUGAAGUGGCGCACUACAUACCUGCUCGUGUCUGGCCUUAUAUUGUACACAGUAAUACUGCGCUUUAUCGUUCCUGAAUCACCGCGCUGGCUUGCUAGCGUUGGUCGUACGGAGGAAGCUUCUGCUAUUGUCGAAAACAUUGAACAUUUACACUUUGAAAAGAAAGAGGUCGAUUUUACGUCUUUUUUGGAGUCUCUGUCGUCGCCUUCAUUGAAGACUUUGCGACUCAAGCGACAGAUCCCCACGUGUGUAAUUUGGACGUUGUGGACUGUGAUGACUUUGUCGGCCUACGUGUUGGGAACCUAUAUUCCAACGCUGAUUAGUCUCUCUGGUUAUAACAUGUUUGCGAGCUGGAUCACUAUUGCAGUGCUGAAUAUCGCUCAAGUGAUUGGUUCAUUCACGGCAGCAGCAGUAUUGGAUACUUACGGACUGCACCGCUCAUUCGCUGUUUUUGCAAUGUUGGCUGCAGCUGCCUCUGUUGUGCUAGGCCAUAUGACUUGGUCACGAGAAAUUGUCAUUACCUUUUCGUUUUUGGUGAAUGCUCUACUAUCUGCAUGCUGGAGUUGCGUUCUCACGUAUACACCAGGGCACUUUACUACUGCUUGUCGCGGACGAGGAAUGGGCUAUUCCGUUGGAAUCAGUCGCUUAGCUGCUGUCGGUGGAUGUUAUCUGUACCCCCACAUGUUUAAUGUGUGGAUUUUGUCUGUCCCUACACUAUGUUGGAUCUUUGGUAGUGUAUUGGCUGUAGUGGCUGCGGGUAUCGUACCGCAUUUCAGCUACCAGCCCUUGAAAGAAGAAGACGACGCGAUUCGUGUGCAUGAACAUUAG